UACUCAAAAAAUUUCCAUUUUAGAAUCAAACUCAUCAUCAUGGUUCCUAUUUUUCAAAGUAAGAGAUUGGAUCCCUAUUCCAUGUGACACAGUGAUCAAAGAAUCCAUCCAAAGAUUUCAUUAUUCUCCCACCAUGGAGAACACAAUUCCAUGUGGAGCUCAUUUCUUUCUCUCUCUUUUCCUCGUUAUAAAAAAAGCUCUCCUGGACAGACAACUUUCUCUCCACGCCUGGUCCUUUUCUCCAAACAGUUUCAGCAGGAAAUCAACCCAACCCGAGAUAUGGGUUUAGUCUUCAAAGCCUUGCUCUUCCGGUUCCCUCUGUUUUUGUUUUUGUUUUUGCUUCUACUCCACUCACCAACAAAAGCUGGGGAUUUCAAUGCCAUAAAUAAUAAUACCAACAGUUCCACUGCUAGAAUUUUAGCUUCUAACUGCAACUGGUUCAGAGGGAAAUGGGUAUACGAUCCUUCUUAUCCUCUCUACGGCCCCUCCAAAUGCCCUUUCAUCGAUGGAGAAUUCGACUGCAAAAAGUAUGGCCGACCUGAUAACAUGUAUCUCAAAUACAGAUGGCAGCCCUUCUCCUGUAGCCUUCCCAGGUUCAAUGGGCUGUAUUUCUUGGAGAAAUGGAGAGGAAAGAAGAUCAUGUUCGUGGGUGACUCACUCAGCAUGAACCAAUUCCAGUCUUUAACAUGUAUGAUUCAAGCCGGCGUUCCAAAUUCAAAGAUUUUAUACAUCAAAAGAGAUGGUCUUACUUCAGUUACCUUUCAGGAUUAUGGAGUGAAGAUAUUGCUAUAAAGAACGCCAUACCUAGUUGACUAAGCGAAUGAGAAGGUGGGAAGAGUGUUGAAGCCGGACUCCAUCAGGAGCGGUGCUGCAUGGAAAGGCAUGGACAUGUUGAUCUUUAACACGUGGCAUUGGUGGACCCACAAUGGAAGAUCUCAACCAUUUGAUUACAUAGAAGAUGGUGGAAAAACUUUGAAAGACAUGAACCGUAUGAUCGCCUAUUACAAAGGACUAACGACGUGGGCCAGAUGGGUCAACCGCAAUGUUGAUCCUUCCAAAACCAAGGUGUUUUUCCAGGGAAUUUCACCAACCCACUAUGAGGGAAAGGAUUGGAACGAACCAACAAAAUCAUGUUCUGGACAGAUGCAACCAUUCUUUGGCAUUAGAUACCCAGCAGGCACACCCAUGGCUUUGGUUGUUCUGAAAAAGGUCCUUGGUAGGAUUAAGAAACCAGUGUAUUUGCUCGACGUUACCGCACUUUCUCAGUAUCGGAAAGAUGCACACCCAUCAGCAUACAUCAGCACACACACUGGCACAGACUGUAGCCACUGGUGCCUUCCAGGUUUGCCAGAUACCUGGAACCAUCUCUUAUAUGCAGCUCUUUUUAGUUAAAGGAUUGGAAGCUUAGGAGAAAAUUAGCUGUAGGCAGAUAAAAUUAAUUUGGAUGAAAACCAUUUGCUUUCUACCCAA